ACCACCUUCGCCGUUUCUCGCCGGACUGGUACAUGAUGUUAAUAUGGUUGCCUAAUAAAAAGCUAUAAGUAAAUAUUUGUUUCAAAAUUUUUGGUAAUAAUAAUCAAAUAGAGUAACACUUUCAUUUACUAAAACAGAAUGAUAUUACACAAAUUAUUAUUAUCGAUAUACCUACUAUCUUUAGUUCAAGGCAAAGAAAUUCUCAAACAAAUCCAUAUUGUUUUCAGACAUGGAGAAAGAAGCCCUACAAGUACUUACCCUAAUGAUCCCCACAAAAAUUAUACAUGGCCUGGUGUUGGAUAUUUAACAAACAGAGGAAAAUUACAAAUGUACACUCUUGGGCAAAAUUUGAGGACAAUAUAUAGUGAAUUUGUUCCAAAAUAUUAUUGGCCUCUUGAUGUUAACUUUACCAGUAGCUAUUCUGAUAGAUGUUUAAUGAGUGGACAGCUAGUAGCUUCUGGAUUAUUUCCACCAAAAGAUGUUGAAAUUUGGAACCCAAGUCUUCUCUGGCAGCCUAUUCCUAUGCACUAUUUACCAAGAAAUAUAGAUAAUUUAAUUGUAAUGAGGACAAGCUGUGCUAAAUAUGAUCAGGAGUUUAUAGAUGUCCAUAGUUCAGCAAAAGUGGAACAAUACAAUAAAGAAUAUAGUAAUCUGUACAAAUAUCUAACAGAACAUACAGGGAUGGAGAUAAAUAACAUAGAGGCAGUAGAAUCUUUAUAUAACACUUUGGACAUUCAACAACUAAAUAACUUAACAUUACCUGACUGGGUUAAUAGUUCUCUAUUAGCUGAAAUGAAGAUAAUAGGUGCUCAAAACUUAGCUAUUUAUUCUGAAACUGAGUACAUGAAAAAAAUGAAGGGAGGUUUCUUUCUAACUACAGUGCUGAGUUUGAUGAAACGCUCUUUAAAUGGAUCUCUAGUUCCUUCUAUAAAUCUUUAUUCUGCUCAUGAUUUAACAUUGGUUCAUAUUAUGAGAGCAUUAAAUUUGGUUGACAUUUUGAAGCCUGAUUUUGGAGCUACAUUAAUUAUUGAGCUGUACGAAAAUGCCUCCUUAAAAAUAUUUUAUUUAACAGAUUGGAAUGGAACUCCCCAAGAACAAGUUUUAAAAGAAUGCAACAAUCCUUGUACAAUAGAAAAAUUCAGUGAAGCUUUCAAGGCUGUAUUACCAACAAAUUGGACAGAGGAAUGCCAGUAUACAUAACUUUGUACUGAAGAACUUAUUGUCAGUUAUUGUGUAAUAAAAUACUUGGAGAGAUA